GAGCUCAUCUCUCUCUUCCGCCCCCGCUUGCUCUCUUAUCCAUUACCAGAGCAUGGCGCCGGUGAAGGUGUUCGGCUCGGCGGCGUUCACGAACGUGGCUCGGGUGCUGGUGUGCCUGGAGGAGGUGGGCGCCGACUACGAGAUCGUCGACAUCGACUUUCACGCCAAGGAGCACAAAGGCCCUGAACACCUCGCCAGAAACCCAUUUGGACAGGUUCCAGCGUUCCAGGACGGGGACCUGAUGCUGUUCCAGUCUCGCGCAAUAUCGCGGUACGUUCUGAGCAAGUACAAGACCGACGAGGUCAACCUGCUGAGGGAAGGCGACCCCGAGGAGUCCACGCUCGUCGACGUCUGGCUGGACGUGGAGGCCCUCCAGUACGACCCCGCCAUGAGCUCGGUCUUCUUCCAGCACCGCGUCGUGCCGGCGCUGGGCGGUACUCCCGACGAAACCAUCAUCGGCGAGAGCAUCGAGAAGCUGAGGAAGGUGCUGGACGUGUACGAGGCCCGGCUGACGAAGCGCAGGUACCUGGCGGGGGAUUUCGUGAGCCUGGCGGACCUCAGCCAUGUCCCCGAGGCGCACUACUUCAUGGAGAUGCCGUACACGGCGGUGUUCGACUCGUACCCUCGCGUCAGGGCGUGGCUGGAGGAUCUGUUCGCCAGACCGGCCGCCAUGAAGGUCGUCUCGCUCAUGACAAAGGACUUCAGAGGAUGACGUGAGAGUCUUCAUGGAUGGCGCCUGAUUGGCCUCUUACU